CUGCUUUUUGUAAGCAAGGCACGAAAUAAAUAUAUAUACCAACAACAACAACAACAACUACAAUAACUGAGGUGUAUUUGGCCCCUGGCGCGACAGGCAUAAAGCAAACAGAAACAGCCGCAGCAACAGCAAUAGACUCUGCCCGUGUUAGAUGCCAAAUGCUUCAACUGAACAGAGAUUGAUGCUGCCAGUCAACGCACAAACAAAACAACAACAGCAACAGCCAGGACAAACGACAACCGCCGUGCUACAUUCAAACAGCAAUUGAGAUAUUUCGAUUUCGCUUAAUGACGCUGAUUAAAACAUGAACGCACUAGAUAUGAAUAAACAAUUUCUGAGCGUUUCGCAGGAUCCGCACUCGAGCGAUGCCCAAAGGAACCGCACACGCUCGGAACGCGCCUCCAGCCUGGCUCUGCCGCUCAACUCGCUGUUGGACUUUUACGACAAGCAACAGGAGCAAUGCAAAUCGGUCACCCUGCUCCCCCUGCCCAGCAACAGCCACAGCCACAGCAACAGCCACAGCAGCAGCAGCAGCUCCAGCAGCAUUGUGCGUCGCCACUCGUCCCACUAUUAUCCCAUGCUCGAGGAUAAGCAGAAGCCAACCCAGCUACCCCAAGCAGCUGCCGAGUUUCUGGUAAACAUGCCGGAUCAGAAAUAUUGCAAGUCGGCUCCCAUGGCGGGCGCCAAGCAUCAGCAGCUGGUGCGUGUGGACACGCCCGUGACCCCGCCGCCGCCCAUACCACGUCGUCUGAUGCGCGCCGUUAAAUGCGCUUGGCAGCCCAGCCAGGAUGUCGGCCAGGAUACCGUCGCCGCCGCCGCAGCUGGAAAUGGCAGCGUGUUUGUUUAUCCGCAGCCAACAAACCAGAGCAUGGAGGCGACAGGCGCGACUGUGGGUGUCGGUGUGGGUGUGGCUGUUGGGCAAUCAGCGCUGCUUGUUGACUUGGCCGCACGUCCGACAUACGCGGAUGCCGAUGGAAUAUCGGAUGACGACCGCAUGAGCUUGGAGAAUUCCGUUUUUGAUGAGUCACUAACCUCGACACCUGUCAAGGUCGCCGGCUAUCAAAGCGGCCGCUAUGCCACGGGUCACAUGGCCAAGCGGGCGCAGCGCUCCUCCAGCAGCACCGUGGACUCGGCAUAUGGCUCGACGACGGGCGCACACAGCGAACGUUUCGCCUCGAGCUCGACCAGUGUGGAUUUUCGCAGUCGUUUCUCAUCGGUGGACACGCAAUCGUCGCUGGACGAAAAGCCGCUAUCCAUCUCGAUUGACUCGCCGCUGGCCAAGGACACGUGCCGCUUGGAGCGAGCCGCGCUCAACGACGUUAUGCACAAGCUGAACAACAAUCUGUACGCCAACAGCAACGGUAGCAGCAACAACAAUACAAACAACAACAACAACAGCAGCAACAAGCUGCCUACGGUGCCGGCACGCAAGUUGCCGCAGCUGCCGGGCAAGCUGCCGCCGCCGCCGCCCAGCCACAAGGGCAGCCACAACUCGUCGAGCGACUGUGGCAAGGAGAGCAGCAGCAGCGUCUCGGCCUCGGCAUCGACCUCAUCGGCCGGCAGCGGCUCGAGCACCAUAUCCAGCGCGACCAUGUCCUCCACGUCCGUUUCGCUGAGCGGCGGGGAUGCUGCCGCCGCUGGCAGCGCACCGCUGCCUCCUGCUGGCGGCGGUCAACCGAAACGUCCAGGGCCGCCGGAGCCGCCGUUGCGCAAUCUGAAUUCGUUCGAGUGCAUGGAGAAUGUGGCCAAGGUGCAUGCCCCGCCGCCGCUGACCGUGCGCAACAAGCUGAAUCGCAACAAGCCGCCGCCCAUUGUUUAUCCGAAGCUGCAGCAGCGCCAGGACUCGACGCUGUCCAGUGAUAGCUACUCCAUUAGCUCCAGUCCCGGCUAUAAUUCCAAGCUAAUGGAGACGCCGCUGCUGGCAUCGGCGCAGAGCGCACGCAAGAGCCAAGCUCCCAGCGUGUUGCAGCGUCAGCCUCUGAUGGAUUUGGCCCCAAUGCGCUUUGGCAGCGGCAAUCCGGCAGCGCCCAUGCGUGGCAAGAUGAAUUUUCGCCAGGACUCGACCAUAUCCAGCGAUAGCUUCAGCCAGACAUCCAGUCCGGGCUACAAUUCCAAGCUAAUGGAGGCGCCGCUGCUGCCCUCGCUGUCCGCCAAGCGGCUGUGCAGCGCCCCGGCGCCGAUUGUCUGUCGCCAGGGCGUACAGCAUGAGCCCAUCGAGGAGCUGGAGCCGCCGCAGACGCUCUCGCCGCUUAGCAAGUGCCCAAAUGCCACGCCCAGCAGUCUACAAACCAUCGUGCGCUUUCAGAACGGCGCACCGCACACCAUGUCCUUGCAGCAUCAGAUCAUCAAUCAGCGCAAGAGCUCGAAUCCGUACAUCACCAACGGGCGAUUGAAGUUCCGCCUGUUCCAGAUCCUGAUCAAUGCGUUCGCCUUGCUGGCCAUUGCCGGUGGCCUGGCUGCUUAUUUUAAUGCCUAUCCCACGAUCAAGUUCGUCAACAAGACGAUCAUCAAUACCAUCCAUGUGGAGGACACCUCGAGCUUUGGCAAGAAUCCGGCACCGGGCACCUGUCUGCCCAUCAUUGUCAAGUUCUGCCAGGGACCGCAGAUACCCUACAAUUACACCGUCUUUCCCAAUUACAUCGGCCACUUUGGCCAGCUGGAGACGCAAGUGGAUCUCGACUCUUACGAGGCACUCGUCGAUGUGCGCUGCUACGAGCUUGUCUCCCUCUUCCUUUGUACGCUCUUUGUGCCCAAGUGUGGACAAACUGGGGCUGCCGUGCCGCCCUGUAAGACGCUCUGCACGGAGACGAUGCGUCGCUGCGGCUUCUUCUUUGAUGUCUUUGGGCUGAGCCUGCCGGAGUAUUUGAACUGCAAGCUCUUCAAGGACUUUUCCAGCGCUGAGGAUUGUGUGGGCUUGGAUGAGGUGCGUGAAGUUAUGAUAUCCUCGGCGAAUCCCAAGUGCGAUGGCUUCCAGUGCGACACGAAUCGCUGCCUGCCCAAGGAGUAUGUGUGCGAUGGCCAUUUGGACUGCAUGGAUCAGGAGGAUGAGGGCAACUGUGCGCGCUGCCAGGAGGGCGAGAUCUACUGCGGCGACGAGCGUUGCAUUGGCACCGAGCACAUCUGCGAUGGCGUCAUCGAUUGCCCAUACGCGCAGGACGAGCGCAAUUGUUUGCGUCUUAGCGAACGCAAUGGCGAUGUGGGCUCUGGCGUCUUGGAGGUCUAUCGCAUCAACAAGCGCCAGUGGAUGCCCGCCUGUGUCAAGAAUUGGGAUCGCGCCGUCUCGCCGAGUGCUGUGUGCUCCAUCUUGGGCUAUUCGGCCGUGAAUGCCACAAGCGUGGUCACCCAACGCACACAUCGUCCGCUUCUGGCCUCGGUUAAUGUGUCCACCGAUAUUUGGAAGCUGUAUGCCAAGCGUCGGUCCACGCUGAUGCAGGAGUUCGCCAAUUGCAGGCAAACGGAAGAUUAUCCCAUAGCUGAGCUCACCUGCUCCAAUUUCGAGUGCGGCAAGGUUAAGCGUGGACGCCACAAGCCCUCGCGACGCAUUAUAGGCGGCUCCCAGGCUAAUCCCGGCAAUUGGCCUUUUCUGGCCGCAAUUCUAGGUGGACCCGAAAAGAUAUUCUACUGCGCCGGCGUCCUCAUAUCCGACCAGUGGGUACUCACGGCCUCCCACUGUGUGGGCAAUCAUACGGUCAUUGAUCUGGAGGACUGGACCAUACAGCUGGGCGUCACGCGUCGCAAUUCGUUUACCUAUACGGGUCAGAAGGUUAAGGUCAAGACAGUUAUACCGCAUCCACAAUACAAUAUGGCCAUAGCGCAUGACAAUGACAUAGCCCUGUUUCAGCUGGCCACCCGUGUGGCUUUCCAUGAGCAUCUGCUGCCCGUGUGCCUGCCGCCGCCUAACAUCAAGAGUCUGCGUCCCGAGCAGCUGUGCACGGUCAUCGGUUGGGGCAAGCGCGAGGAUAAGGAUCCCAAGUCCACCUACGAGUUUAUAGUCAACGAGGUGCAGGUGCCCAUCAUCACGCGCAAUCAAUGUGACGAAUGGUUGGACAAUCUCACCGUUUCCGAGGGCAUGGUCUGUGCCGGCUUCGACGAUGGCGGCAAGGAUGCCUGUCAGGGCGAUUCUGGUGGACCUUUAUUAUGUCCCUAUCCGGGCGAAAAGGAUCGUUGGUUUGUUGGCGGCAUCGUCUCCUGGGGCAUUAUGUGCGCACAUCCCAAGCUGCCAGGUGUCUAUGCGAAUGUUAUCAGGUAUGUGCCCUGGAUAAAUGAGCAAAUACAGAAGCAUUCGCGUCCUGCCAACGAAGAGCCCGUGCACAAAUACGACCUGCAUCCCGGCGGGCCGGAUAUACUAUCCAAAAUGUCGUCGGGUCCCGUGAGAAAGCGAAAGCCCUUCAACUAUCACAACGGCAAGCCCAAGGGCAUUGACUUCUACGACAGUGAGGAGCGUAAGUAAGCUACCCGCCCCAUGCCCGAUCCCCGUAAUUGUAGUUCUACAUAUGUAUACCUAGCUUAUAGAACAUGAACAUGAACAUUGACAUGAUAUUUGAAUACAGCAUAUCCUUGAAACGUUUGCACAAAGUACAAAACAAAAGCUGUUGUUGUACUCAACACACACACACAUACACACACACACGGACACACAGUAUAUACCAUAUAA